AUGAGAACUCUCUGCUGUCCCUCACAAGUCUCUGGUCUCCUCUGGUCCUCACCACCUCAUCCACAAGUCUCUGGUCUCUCUGGUCUCCUCUGGUCCCUCACCUCAAACAUCAUGAAGACCUCUGUGCUCCUCUGUGUCCUGGCGUCUCUCCUCGUCUCCUCCAUCCUCUGCUCUCGGGUUGGUGGCCCGGCAGACUGCUGUUUCCACUUUUACCCACGAAGAAUCCGUCGAGAGAAAAUCCAAAGCUACACUCAGACAGACGAGCGCUGCACCAGAACUGGGGUCGUUUUGUUGACCCUGAGGAACAUCUCGCUCUGUGCGGAUCCGAACCUGAGCUGGGUUCAGAACAUCAUGAGAGACUUGGACGAGAAAUCUCUCUGA